UCAGGUUCAGCCAGUAGUUCCUCUGACAUAAACGACAUUGAUGACCUGUUCAAAAGCCUUCAAUUACAAGGAGUAGUCAAUAUGUGCCAGCUGGACAACAGAGACAAAGAUGUCCUCAAUGCUGGGGGACCGUGGGAGGAUGGUGAUGGUGGCCCAGUGGUUCACUCAGCCUUGGUGGAUAACUGUCACAAGGUGGUUGUGAACAGGCUUCCUGUGGGGGUCUGUCCCAGCAAGAUGAAAAACAAGCUUACCAUCUACUUUCAGAGGAACCACCAUGCUGGGGGAGAGGUUAUGGAUGUCAAUUAUCCUGCAGCCCAGCCAGACCAGGCAUGGGCCCUCUUCAGAGAAUACAGAGACUCUUAUGACUUUCUUUCCUCCAUGGAACACAAAAAGAAAGAUGCAGCACAGGUUCUGAAACAGCCUGCCAGGGAUAGCACUGCACAAGGAACGUACUGUCAGAAACCAGGUGGUAUCCAAGCUGAAAAGGUGGAAAUGUUUCGGAGCAUCUUGAGUCUGGAGCAGUGCCGUUUCAGCCCCACUGAUGUGCUGGAAGCAGUGCAGUCUUGCCGGGACCUUGAAUCUGCUCUGAAAUAUCUCUCCCAUGACUGCCCAAUAUGCCAGGAGCAAGUGUCCUUCAACAGGAUGAUCACCAUGACACACUGCUCUUGCACAUUCUGUGUGAGCUGUUUUAAGAAAUACUUCUCCUCUGUCAUCAAGGAGAAGUGUAUAGUGCAUGCAGUGUGUCCUAUCUGUAAUCUCCCUGAUUUACGAGGGGGCCAUAGGGAAGAGUCAAUGGAAUACUUCAGUCUGCUCGACACACAGAUCCGGUAUUAUUUGGACUCUCAGAUCCAUGAGCUUUUUCAAAGGAAGCUCAGAGACCAGGCACUUCAGGAAAUGCCCAACUUUCGCUGGUGUGCACAUUGUUGCUUUGGGCUCCUUCAUGAAGCAGACAAGCUGAGGAUGGACUGCCCCAGCUGUGGAAAAAGCACAUGCUUUCAGUGCAAAAGGCCUUGGGCUCCACAGCAUGAAGGGAUCUCCUGUGAGAGGUUCAAAGAGUGGGAGCAACUCAACAGCCCAGAGUACCAAAAUUCAAGACUGGAGCAGCUCCUCAGCAGGAACAAAAUAGACUGUCCAAAAUGCAAAUUUCGCUUCUUCAUGGCUAGAGGAGGCUGUUUGCAUUUUAAAUGCACGAAUUCUGCGGAGGAUGCAGUCAGCCAUUCAAACAGGGCUCUGCCUGUAAUUUUUCUAAUGAAUGUGGAGCUAAGGGCUUACAUGCUCAUCACCCCAGAGACUGCCUAUAUCAUUUGAGAGAUUGGAGUGUCCCAAGACUACGAAACCUGCUGCAGUACUAUGGAGUAUCACAUCUGCUAAUUUUCUGCCCCAAAAGUACAGUACGGAGACACUCAAAAGGCAUUUGUGGUGUAAUGGAGUUCCAAGAAACAGGAGCUGUGAAAGAGGAGCCAUGUAGAUGCCUAGCUGUGGCAGCGGGGGCGUGGUCAAGCGCCCGUCCGGGAGAGAAAAGCGGUAAGGGCGCUCACACCUGAGCUAAAUGAUGACUAACACCUGUCUCUAAUUUCAGUAACAUGAGGAGAGCGGCAUAAAAAGGGCAGGAGUGACAGAGCACGAGAGAGAGAACCCGACCCAGAAAGCGAACAUUGCACGUUAUCAAACAAAGAAAAAUAAACUCACCCCUUAAGUUGACGUUUGUGUCUGUCCCGUCCUUGAACUGUGUUACAGUGGUGCCAAAACCCGGGACUAUU